AUGAGUAAGUUGUUCCCACAAGGUUUCCCAGUUAAGGGUGAAAUUUAUAAGGCUAAUUUUAGUCCCAGUCGUGGAAAAGAAUUAAAAGAAGUUCAUCCGUGCUUAAUUUUAAGUAAUAAUGUGCAAAAUGAGUACGGACAUUAUGUAUUGGUGGCUCCUAUUACAAGUACAGUUAAAAAAGUCCGUUUAUUUGAAGUAGCAAUUAAUCCGACUAAAUCUAAUGGCUUAACUAAAUUGAGCAAAAUUCUCCUUAAUCAAGUCAGAAGCAUUGAUAAAAAAAGAUUGUUUGAAUGUUUAGGAAAGGUUGACCCAAAAAUAUUGUUAGCAGUUCGUCAAGGAAUAGAG